GCCAUGAUGAAAGGGAGGCGAAGGCCCAUUCCGCCAUUUUCUUUUCGUGGAGGUUGGGCUCGCGUGCUUCUCUGCGCUGUGGUCAUCAUGGACCGGAAGCGUGUGUGGCGCGCCUGCCUUGAGGCCAGCAUCAGGGAAGGGUGUCCCAGGUGCAGAGGAAGCGUCCUUCACGUGUUCCUGGAGGACUUUCGGCUCGCAAGCGCUUCUCCAUUCUCCCAAUGUCUCGGGCCUGCUCUAGUCCAGAGGAGAAAAGAAUAAUAAAUAUCACACUAAACACCAUGGAAUACUUCUCAAGUCACCAAAGAGAUGGAACUGGACAGAAUACUUCUGUCCAUAAGGCCCUUAGAAGCCCCCUAAGCGAAAUACCAAUGAGGACCUCCCCAGCAGCUGCUGUCUCUCCUGCCAGAGGCAUCUGGCUUAGAGCAGUGUGCGGUCGGCCAGCAAAGGGAUGACUCAAUGCUUGGACCUUCCUGAUCUUCCCCUUACAGAUCUUCGAAAGGGAAGGACCUAGGAACUGAAGCCAGACCCCCACCUCUGCAAGAGUUCCUUGCUGGAGUCACUCAGCAGACCCCCACUCUCUGGACUUUGGGGACAUGAGACUGCUUGAGCACCUCCACCAGAGGGAAAGUGGAAGUGGCCCCAAGAAAGAGGGAACCACGAAGCAGUUUCAGUGUGGAAAGAAGAAACCCUCUGGUGGCCUUGGCCCGGGAAUAUGGCGGUUUCAAGUGCAAUGCUGUACUGAAAUGGUACCAGAAGAAGACAGAAGGUUACAUGGCAAUGAUAGUAAGAAAUGCUAAAGAUAUAGCUCAUACAAAAGCAGAAUGGAAUAUUCUGGAAGAAGUAAAGCAUCCCUUCAUCGUGGAUUUAAUUUAUGCCUUUCAGACUGGUGGAAAACUCUACCUCAUCCUUGAGUAUCUCAGUGGAGGAGAACUAUUUAUGCAGUUAGAAAGAGAGGGAAUAUUUAUGGAAGACACUGUGUGCUUUUACUUGGCAGAAAUCUCCAUGGCUUUGGGGCAUUUACAUCAAAAGGGGAUCAUCUACAGAGACUUGAAGCUGGAGAAUAUCAUGCUUAAUCACCAAGGUCAUGUGAAACUAACAGACUUUGGACUAUGCAAAGAAUCAUUCAUGACGGAACAGUCACACACACAUUUUGUGGAGCAAUAGAAUACAUGUGAGCUGCAUGUUAAACAUAAUUGGUUUGGAGCCUCCAUUUACUGGGGAGAAUAGAAAGAAAACAAUUGACAACAUCCUCAAAUGUAAACUAAUUUGCCUCCCUACCUCACACAAGAAGCCAGAGAUCUGCUUAAAAAGCUACUGAAAAGAAAUGCUGCUUCUCAUCUGGGAGCUGGUCCUGGGGAUGCUGGAGAUGUUCAAGCUCAUCCAUUCUUUAGACACAUUAACUGGGAAGAACUUCUGGCUUGAAAGGUGGAGCCCCCAUUUAAACCUCUGUUGUGCAUCACCCGGAUCUCUGCCUUCACGUUCACAUGGUGUUCUACCUGUGUGCGUAUCUGUGGCCAAAUUUCCCCUUUUUCUAAGGAUACCAGGCAUAUUGGAUUAGGGCUCCUCUCUACUCCAGUAGGACCUCAUCUUCGCUCAUUACAUCUGCAAUAACCCUUUCCAAAUAAGGUCACAUUCUGAGGAACUAGAGCAAUCUGAAGAGGAUGUAAGUCAGUUUGAUUCCAAGUUUACACGUCAGACACCUGUCGACAGCCCAGAUGACUCAACUCUCAGUGAAAGUGCCCAUCAGCUCUUUCUGGAGCUUCGCCAGAAUACCUCCUGGAGUUGUUGACAUUGGGCCCUACUGGAACCUUCCUGAAUGAUCAGGGCCUGCAGCUCCGAGGCCAGCCUAGAACGAAGAGGUGAUCAGAGAAAGAGGUCCUUACUCUGCCUCUCACCCUCCCCAGCCGCAGUAGACGCAGCUUCAGGUGAAGGCCGGCCUUUCAGCAGGGGUCUGCCGGGCCAUGGGCUUGGACAGCACAGGGCCGGUCUGCUCUGCCCACAGCCUGCCCCUGAGUAUCCCAACACAGACCUACCGGGAGGCACUGGCCACGGCAUCAGGGUAUGGUGCUGGGAUGUAGAAGCAGGCGGCAGAAGCACACUUGUUCUCCCCACCAGGGCCCUGCACGACCCAGGUGUGCGGGUCAGUGUUAUCUAUCAGCUUAUACCGCUCACCCCGCAGCAGCUGCACCUGCGAGCACAGAAAGGGAGCGGCUGCUGUGGGCUCAGGGGGCAGGGGUCCAAGGCCAGGGCAGAGUAGGGGCUGGGGACAGAGACAGAUGGGGACAGCAGCUGGAACAGGGACAAGAGUAGAGUGGGAGGUGCUGGGGUAGAAAAGAGGCAGGACAGGACUUGGAGAGAGGAGGGUCUGCGUCAAGGGAAGGAGUAGGGCAAAAGUGGGCGCAGGAGACAGCUGGGGAUGGAGCAGGGAUGGGCUUGGGCAGGGGCAGGGGAUGGGCUAGGUGGGGCUGGAUGGUGGCAGGGGUGAGGUGGGGGAGUUCGCACUUCUCCUGGGUCCCAGUCACAGAUGCUGUCCACGUGCAGGGGCUGCUAAGGCAGGUUUUUUCGCUGUGGCAGGGGGACCACAUCCCGGCUUCGCCGCUGCAGGUCCCCAGUGGCCCUCUCAGUGAUGGCCAGCUGUUUCUCCUCUGCCUGCCAGGGGCCCAGGCAGAGGGGACUCAGGCCAGGCUGCACUGGAGGCUGGCCACACCAUACCCAUCCUUCAAAAGGACUAGAGGCUGGCCUUCAAGAAGGCAGGGGUCUCUAAAUCAGCAAAGUAAAAGGAGCCCCUCUCUGGGGGCCUAGGAUCCUGGGAUCUGCUAGUUGCAGGGAGGGGGAUGGCACAGCAUCACCCAGGCCUCCGAGCAGAAGCUAGACGGGCCUCAGAGCUCUCCCAGGCUGCCCUUGUCCCACUGCAAAUGAGAAAACUGAUGUCCAGAGGUGGGAGGAGCUUGCUGGUACCUGGCCAGCCUCCUGCUAAAGCAGACCCCCCGCCAGCACCCAGGCCAGGGCUUGGGACAGGACUAGGUACCGAGGCAGAAGGGCUGAGGCCCAGAAAGAUGGACAGGACUAAUUCCCAGAGGUGGGGUGCAGAUGGCCUGGUGGGGCUCUCUCACCUCCAGCUGUUGCAGCAGCUCUGUGGGGGUGCCAGGGGGGCCCCUAGGUGCAGGGCUGGACUUGGCAUCCAAGUUGGAGUUGAGCUUCUCCAGGGUCUGGCUGACUGAGUCGGCCUCUUCUGGAACUAAGUUCACUGGGUGGUCAAGGGCAGAGCCUGGGGCAACCUGCUGCCCACUAACUCUACAAACCAGCUGAACUUAAGCCAGCUAAACCUAAACCACCUAAACACACAGCAGCUAAACCUAAACCAGAAAAACCUAAACCAGGUAAACCUAAACCAGCUAAACACACAACAGCUAAACCUAAACCAGAAAAACCUAAACCAGCUAAACCUAAACCAGCUAAACACAAACCAGAUAAACCUAAACAAGAUAAACCUAAGCCAGCUAAACUUAAACCAGCUAAACCUAAACUGUCACUCUCCCCUACUCUGGUCGGUCUUUCUUUUCCCUACCCAGGCGGCAGGACCUUUUAUCACCGGUGUGCUCUUGCAAAUGGGGUCUUAUUUGUGCACUGAACUUAAUUUUUUUAAGUGGGUCAUAAAACACUUGGUCUUCAUCCUUCCUGCACAAAUGAAGGGCACCGUCACCUGCCUCCCUCCAGCACCUGAAGUCUUUCUUGCUGGGACAGAGGGUAUUGGAGCUGCACUUGUCCCAGCCCCGGAGAAGAAGCUAUGCUUUAAAGAAGCAUUCCAAGUGUUUUUACGGAAUUUUUGUCAGUGUGUGAUCAUAGUUUGUGGUUCUAUAGGAAAAUGUGUGAAACAUUAUCUGCCCCCAAAUCCCAGUUGUAUAUUAUAUCAGGGUUUCUCAACCGUUUUUUUUCAUUAUUAUUCUCCUAAAGAGCCUUUUAAGAAAUCUUUUCUUUAUUUUCCCCCCACCUCAUCCCCAUAAAAUUUUAUUUACUUAUUUA